AAACUUCGAUUCACUGUGAAACAAAUGAUUCUAUAACUAGCAUUACUCCUAUAACUCCCAAACAGAUAGUCUCACAAAGAGUGGAUGUUCCCGCAUCACAUAUCCACACAGAGGCUAAAUCGUUGGAAGACAAGGAGAUGGACGAUUUCCUAGAUUCAACAUAUAAAGAAAAGGUUAGUAAAGAGAUAAUUCAGAGCAUUAAAGAAAAGAAACUUUGGGAUCAAAACUCAUCUUUGGAACCAUCCUACGACGAUCAAAAUUUGGAAUCAUCUAUAAUAUCGCAACCUAUCUCUAAUAGUUCUGAGUUAUCUUCGGAUAAUAAUUCAUUAGAGCGAUCCAUUUUAUCAUGUGACAUAAAAACCGUUACCAAUGGUAACGAUCAGAACUUGGAAUUAGCAUGCGAUAUAAAAACUGUUGAUAUUGGCGCGAACCAGCCUCCGGCUGAUAAUAAUACAGAAUUAUAUUCUUCUGAUUCAUCUGAUGAAGUAUCGGGACUUGAUAGGAAUCAAAUUACUGAGCAAACUUUAAAGCGGGAUUUUACUAAACCUAUCAUUAUAACAAAAUCUAUUGAGAUAGAUGAUAAACUUUCUUUGGAGAAAAUAAUUGAGGGUUCUACGCAACGUCUGGCUUAUUGGUUUGAAAAAGCUAUCAAAUCGGGUAUAAAAGAAAUACUAUACUGGUAUAAUUAUUCUUUUGAAACUGAAAAUAAAGUAAAAAAUAUGACGGCAGAUGGAAAGAUAAAAGAAAAGACAGCAAG